UAAGAAAGUGUUGAUUUUCUUUCCUAUGGCUAUUCCAGCUUCAGGGAAAACAGUCUUAUUUGAGAGCAUUGAAUAAUAUUAUAACGAAAAACAUGAAGGGAAAACAAAAUUGUUUAUAGUAUCAAGUGAUUAAGUCUCAUUACAAUUAAUGAAUGAACAUAUUGCUGCUAAUCCAAACGCUUCCAAAGAGGACGCAUAUUAAGGAACAAGAAAAAAAUAUAGAACGAGAUAUGAUAAUGAAAUAAGGGCUGUGUGUUAAAAAGCAUAAGGUAUUCAUUUCUUUGAUCUCUACUAGCUUGUGAAUAACAAUUCAUCGUUAUCAUUUUUGAUAAAAAUCAUCCUGAAAAUGCUUUGAAAGGUCCUUUAGACAUAGUUAAGGACUAUUUUUAAUAGUUUACUUCAAUCGGAUUGAUUCCCAAAACUGGUAAGCCUCUUGGAAAUAAUCUGUUUUCAAUCACUUAUUUAGUAUCAUGCGUUCAAAGGGCUAUUAAAAGAGAAAAUCAUGAAACUCUGGUCGGUAAUAAAGAAAAAGUGGCAUCCGUAGUUUUAUUCUUUUUCACAUUUUUUAACAAAGUUUAAGUAAUGAUAUUCUAAUUAUACUUAGAUUGAUAAGUUACCAUUUAAUAAAGUGUUUUACGUUCCUUUUACAAAUGAAGAUGUAUAGAUGGAUUAAGUGCUCAGAGAAGAAGCUCUUGAAUGUUUAAAAAUUAUUUAAAGAGAAAGAUUUCCUGAAGAUAUUUAAAAUAAUUGUAAAGAAGCGCUAUAGAAGUUUAUUGGAAUUUGCGAAAAGUAUAACUUAGGGUUUCCCGAUAAAAAUUUGUAGAGAGAAAUUGUUUGGAAAGAGAUCGAAACAGUGGAUAAAUGAUAUAUUACAAUCACAAAUAUAAC